AUGAGAGCUGCUUUAAUGAAAAAAUAUCACUUUCUUUCGUUCAGUGAGUUUGCUAAUGAAAGCACCGUAAAAGGAGUAAAGAGAGAAGUCAGUUGUAAUGAAAGUACUUCGAUUAGUACACCGUCCACUAGCAACAUCAAUCAAAGGCUUUCACAUAAUAGUGGAUAUACUAAAGUGAACUUGUGCUCUCCAAAGUUCGUGAAUCGCAAAGAACAGAUGAACGACUUUAUGAUGUAUCUAAUGUCAAAUACAUCUCUGGGCAUAAAAGAUGCUGAUCGGGUUCUGUAUGGUCUAAGAUUUCUUAUCCCGGACAUACCGAAAAGCAUCAGAGGCGUUCUGAAGACCUGUCCAAGUGUUCAACCAAAGUAA